AUGAAUCUCAAGUCUUUAUUUCAUUGGCUUAUUCGAAAAGUAUUCGAUUAUAAUCUCUUUAUGCUCGAAGAAGAUGAGUAUCAUGACGAUGAUGAAGUACAAGAUCCAGCAAUUGUUCUUAAACAUCAAAAAUAUAAAACUUGGUUACAUAACAAAACUCUUUCAUGUCCAUGUUCAUCAACCAGCAUAUCUUAUAAAAAUUUUGUUUCCAAUACAAUCAAAGUCCAUCCUGUUUGUUCGAGUCGUUUCGUUAGUCAAGAAUGGAUUCAUGCAUUAUAUUUAUCGAAUGCAAGUCGAUAUGGAGUGUCGGAUUUUCGAACAACAGCUAGUUCUCAGUUUGAAAUUUUGUCCAGUUUUUGUUCAUUGGCUCAAGACAUAGUUAAUCAUACUGAAAAUGAUGUCAGUAGUAACGAAUUUGUUACUAUUUAUCUUCUUCCUGAUACACAAGUUGAACACGAAGUAAAUGUCAUCAUUGAAUCUUUUAAGAAAAGUGCAUCUGCU